AUGAGCGGGAAUCAUAAUGAAAAGUUGGAAUUUUUGGGAGAUUCAAUAAUAUCAUUUGUGGUAGCGGAUUAUUUAUAUGAUAGAUGCAAAGAUUAUAAGGAAGGAGAACUUACGAUGCUGAGAGCAAAGUUAGUUUGUAAACAAACUUUGGCAGAAUUUGCGGUAAAACUUAGAUUAGAUGUCAAGUUAAGGUUAGGUGUCGGAGCUUUAAGUUCUAAUGCAAGGAAUAAUGAAAAGGUUUUAGAAGACGCUUUUGAAGCUUACGUCGGAGCUAUAUUUUUAGAUACAAGGAAAAAUUAUCAGGAAGUAAUGGAAUUUAUGAAACCUUUAAUAGAACCGAAAGUUGAGCAACUUCUUAAAGAAGGUCUUUCUUCACAUUCAAACCCACAGAAACAAAACAUAGCUAGUCCUAUAAUCGGUCCUCGAGACUUAUCUUUUCCGAAUUUACCCCAUGAAGAUCCAAUUAAUACCCUUCAAACUUGGUCACAGAGAAGAUCAUUUGGUUUACCUCUAUAUAAAGAAGUUUCAGUGAAAGGUCAAGAUCAUAGUCCUCAGUUUACCUUUGAAGUGGUCAUUAAUGGUAAACCUUACGCUCAGGGGACGGCGAGAAAUAAAAAGGACGCAAAAAAACAGGCCGCAAUCAAGGCCCUCAAUGACAUAAGAGGUGAUGGUAAAUCUGAUGUUAAACCUGAUGUUAAACCUGACGUUAACUCUGAAAUUCAUUAUAAAAUACUAAAUAAUAAUUUUCGGAGUAUGAACCUUGGAGUUUGA